AUGCUGACGUUCGCAAAAUUGAUCGACGAUAGGGCGCUUCUGACUACCAUCUUCAUCAAUCAGUCCUUUUUUCACGCCGCUUGUGCAUACAGCCGGGAUAUGCUUCGCGGUCAGAGUAAGGGCAAGACUACCCUCCCGAAAGAUCUUUCACCUUCUGCUUUCCCUAUACCUAGUCAAACAUCACCAUCUAUGGCCUUCCAAUUCGACAAGAUCUCAGGGUCUCACACAGCAUCUAAUGCAGCGACCGAGUCGGCUUACUCCUUUCUCUCACUUGUUGCGAAGGCCAACUACCAAUUCUUGAGACAAGCCAUCAAGGACCAAGCCCGGAUAUAUGCUGGAUCUGGAUGGGUAGACGCCGUGCUUGAUCAGCGAGAGACGGAUCUGAGGGAUGUUGAUUUGAGUGUUGUCAGCGUGUCAAUCAGCACUUUCAUCAGACUGCAUGAUCUUUGA